AUGGUUGUCAAGAAGGUCUUGGAGCGCUCCAGGGCGGUCCAGGGGCGUGCUGUGCUCUUCGAUGGGCGUCGUCCUCCCGGCGCCCUUUGUGACCGGUAUCACAUCUUGUUUCAGGUUGCUUGCCCAGUUCCGCAGGAAGUGAGUUGCUCACCUGAUGCCAUUGCUUUCGAUGGAAUGAUCCUUAAAGAUAUCCCAGAGACCUUCUUCCAGGUGGCGUCUACAAGACGAUUCACGUUGCACCAGCAGCUUGACAUGUUGGCAAUCUUCAUCUACCAGGUCUUGAGCGUGAAGGGUGAUGUUGGAGGAGUGGUGGUGGACAAGAGCCUACGCGUUCAUGGUGGCGACGGUUUGGACCAGUGCAUUGCGGAGUACAGCAACAAGCGCCAACUUUGGGUGUCCAGUGGCAUCCCGUUGGCUAUGGGCAAUGCUGCCCUGGCUGCUGGGGCGAAGCACUGCAUCCAAGAGGGUGCUGUCUACAGCAUUGUGGAAACAGGCUUACCCUUUUGCCUGGAGGAUGAAGAUUGGCCUCAGUCCAAAGACAGAGAGAGCAUCAAGAAGCUGGCGACGCUGGCUGCAGCAUUAGGCACGAUGACAGAUACAGACUGGAGGAGCGUAGAAGCCUUUGGCCUGUGCCAUCCAGUGGAGAGCUGUAGCGACACUCAUCUCCCAGGCCUGGCCUGGUAUUACUUUGCCGAGUUCGUGAUGCAGAUGCCAAUCGCUGGGUGGUCGCGGAGGAACUGGCCCCCUGCACCGCCCAACGCCAAGCGGCGAUUGAGC